AUGAGUCAUUCAGAGGUCAUUAGUGACACUUUGGGAAAUACCACAAACAUUUAUGAGCCAAUAACUAAUCAUCAGCAGCAAAUAUUCAUCAAUGACUUGCCGGAUGAGGUAUUAAUUCACACUUUCUCACAACUAGAGCCCUCAUCAUUAAACAGUUUACGGUUAGUUUGCAAGAAGUGGAAUCAUGUAAUAAACGAUAGGGAAACCUGGACUAGGCUGUUCCGCAAAAGAUUUGGAAUCUUAUUAUCAGCUUCGUCAUUCCCCAGUGUAACACAUGGGUCAAAUUGGAUGAAUGAAUACUUCGCCAGGCUACAGAUUAUUCGGAAUUGGAAAAGAGGUAUAUCUACCCACCAAACUUAUCAAAUGGUCAAUAGUGAACUUCGAAUUUGUGGCUUGACAUUAUGUGACUUUAAAAUGAACAAGCUUGCUGUGUUUGAUAAAGUACUGGGGAAUAUUAGUUUUGGCAAUCUUGAUAGCGGGAAAAACCAAAGUUUUAUUCCAGGGAUGAUGAAUAUGGACAUAUUGAGUUAUGAUAUGAAUUUCAAUUACUUGGUGAUGGGAAAAAAGAGUGGAGGGAUAGUUGUCAAGAACUUGAUCAUUAGCACUUCAUUUAGUCAGAGAGGUAGCGUAACUAAUUUUGAAAUUGGUGAUGACGAAAGGAGCCCUAUUACGAGUGUGAUAAUCAAUACACAUGUUGACAAGAAUGGAGCUGCUGUUGAUGUAAUCAGUGGACUGCUUGAUGGUAAUUUAUUGUGUUGGAAUUUGCAUGGGAGACUUAAGAACAAGUUGGUGUUGGAUGGGGAUAUAUUGAACAUCAAAUCUGACUUUAGCAAGUACAUUAUUGUGAACACUACAACUUCCAUCUAUGUUUUAAAGUUUGAAAAUUUGGAGGUUUUGGGACAUGCAAAUUUGGAUAUCCCUGUUUGCGACGAGGAAGUAAUUCAUGUUGAACAACUACUAUAUCUCAAGAAUUCAUUGGAAGUUGAUUUUGGUGGAGAAAAUAUAAUCAUCAGUCGUGGGAAGAGUAUUCGUGUUUAUGAUUUCCAUUGUACUGGGAUACGAAGAUUAGAUUUUGAAGCAGAAUCGGUUGUAUUGACACAGCUUCAGACUGUAGGUAAAAGCAUUUUGCAUAAUGUGAAUCCCAAUGUUGUUGGUGGUGAUGGACUACUAUGCGGGAACUUACUAAGUGAUGGAAGUAUCAUUGUUUGGAAUGUCCGUGAAAUAUCAACCCACAAGAUAGAGCCACAACUACGGUUAUUCCCCGAAUUGAAUCAUAAAAAGAUUCUGGGUCGAAUACACAAUGCAGUAUUAAAUGGACAACUACUUGGAGUCACCACAUUUGCCCUAAAUGCAUCGGUUGUGGCUGUUGCCGGAUACAAUGGGUUGACAUGUGUUUACGAUGUCUUUACUGGUAAAUUUUUAAGAGAAGUUUCAAUCAAGUUUCCCAAAAGGUUUGAUCACAUGCAGCAUUUCCCCAAAAUGGUUGAAUUGGUUAAACUCAAUCUGGAUCAACAAGAUACCAAUGGUGUGAUCGUUUGUGGAGAUGUUAUUCAAUAUUUUGAAUUUGGCAAUAUGAAUAGCAAAAAAAUUGGUGCCAGUUCCAAUAAGAAGGCAAAGCAAGUCAAUAUUGGGUCACAUGGAAAACAUGAAUCAAAGAAGAAGAUUAAAGAUGGUAUGGAUGAAUAUCAUCGACAACUACAUGUUCAGAACAAAACCGAACAACUUUUUGAUAGAUAUAAUGGGACCGAAUAUGAUGAUGAAGAAGAGGAAAUGAGAAUUGCAUUGGCAAUGAGUGAAAAUAUGUAUAGCAAUAGCUCGAGCCAGACAGAUGUGGAAGUACGUGUCAAUGGUGGUAGUGCAGAUGCAGAUUUGAAGUUGGCCUUGGAACUUUCGAAGCUUGACAAUGCUGGAGGUGCCGAGAGUGAGAAUGAGAGCAAGAACGAGUCGCAAGUGGAAGCUAAAAAUAAGGUCGAAGAAGACGAUGAGGUAGAUGAGGCUUUAAAACGUGCAUUGGAGUUGUCUUUAAUAGAACAUUGA